AUGGCAGCGCCCACGAAAGGUUUUGGAAACCUCAUCCAAAACCAAACUGUAUUUUUCAUGUGUGACAUUCAAGAAAGAUUUCGACCGCACAUAAAAUACUUUGAGGACAUCGUGGAAGUGUCAAAAAGAAUGGUCCAAGCAGCUAAGAUAUUGGAUAUUCCUCUAAUAAUUACUGAACAGUAUCCAAAAGGACUUGGAAACACCGUUUCAGAAUUAGAUGUGACGGGAGCGGUUGGAGUGUGGCCCAAGGUCACAUUCAGCAUGCUUAUACCUGAAGUGAAAAAAGCCCUACCCACUCUCUGUGGUGGAAAGCCCAAGAGUGUCAUCCUCUUUGGACUUGAGACACACGUGUGUGUGCAACAAACAGCAUUCGACUUGAUUGCAGUAGGUUAUGAUGUCCAUGUAUUAGCCGAUGGUAGUUCUUCAAGAAGUCAAAUGGAUAGAAAUUUUGCUUUUGAGAGGCUGCGUCAGUGUGGCUGCUACGUAUCAACCAGUGAGACGGUCCUGCUACAGUUGGUGGGUGGCAAGGACCAUGCCAUGUUCAAGGACAUACAGGCCGUCAUCAGGGAGCCAGCUCCAGUGUCAGGACUCGUCCCGUGCCCAGAGAAAUCGUGAUUAGAGAAAGCAGGGCUCUUUACCAGUGCUUGAAGUUUUUAUAGUGGAUUUUUGUGGAGGAAUCUGCAUAUGUAAUUUAUUUGGAUGAAAACUGAUAUUCAGUUCGUAUCUUAGGUUCAAUCGAUAAAUAGUUUCAAACGGAUCUCUACAUUUGAAGCAUUCCAAUUGUAAGGCUGUUAAAUGUAGAUUUUACAGUUGAGGAAAAUUAGUGAUUUAAAUGUUUAUUAAAUAUAUAUACGAAAGCACUGAAAUGUUGUACAUUUGACCUACAUUUCGCAGAGUUGUAUCUUCUGGUGGAAUUUUCAGUUAGAUAUUACGAGUUUUGAAUUGUGGAUCGGCAGUCGUGCCAGCUGGCUUGUUAUCAAGUGUCUUUCGAAAUCAUCCAACUCACACGUGUGCAUAAUGAUAAUGAUAAGUUUGUUAUAACGUAUAUUUUGAUGAGGAUGUUGUUAAUUGUAUCCCCCGCGACGAAGUCGGCGGGGAUACUAUGGUUUUAUGUCUCCCCAGCCGCCGCCGCCGCUCGGU